AUGGUAUCGUCAACGGAUGACCUGCUUGUCAAUAAUCACAGGCGACAUGCAAAAGCAUUUCACGACCUCGUGUCUACUCUAGACGAACUAAUGUUAUGGAAUCAUCUCAAUGAACUUUCAGAAUUGACCGAAUCAUCAAUCGAAAAUCUUUAUGAAACCGAGGUGAUCCCCAGCAUUGAUAACGAUGCUUUACUGAUCCAUAAUUUGAGCAUUUCGGAGAUCAUUACAGAGGACAAGAAUUAUGAUAAGCUGGAGAUGUUGUUUAAGACGAAAAAUACAAUCAAAGUGCUUGAGAAUAUGAUCAUUACCCGAAAUAGAUUAAAUGAGAUAUCAAUAAGCCAUGCUUCAAUGAUUGCUGAGAGUUACGAUCAAAGAUCGGAGAACAUUGAAGAUUUUCAAGGAAGUGACAAAAGUGGGAUGAUUUUGAAAAAUUUGAUUGACCAACGGGAAAUGCAGUCUAGCCAUUUAGCUCGAAGUAAAAAAAAAGAUGAGAAGGAACAUGAUGAGAAGAAUACUAAUGGAAGUAGAAAAACUACUGGCUUCCCAAAUUCAAUUAAAAGUCGCAGCUCAUUAGCCUUUGAGAAUUCUUGUACAUCGGUCGAUCAACUACUUUAUUUACAAGACGAGAACCGCAAACUUUAUCAAAAUGUGAUUGAAAAGCUGCAAAGUUUGAAGAAGUUGAAUAAACAACAUUAUGAGCAGAAGGAGAAGGAAUAUCGGGAGUCUGUCAAGGAGAUGCUGGCUAAUAUAGAUGCCCAAGAGUCUUUAAAAUUGGAAAUUAAGCAAGAACAAGAGGAACUUGCCAGGUCUAAAGUCCGGUCAGCUGUGUUAUCCGAAUUCAUAACCGCAUUGAUAGCCAGCUCGGGAGUAAAUUGGAGUGAUGAUGAUUUUGUGAAAGACUUGGUCUUGUAUUGUGGUCAAGAAUAUGUUGACGAAGAAGAUGAGGAUUAUGAUGAGGAUGAGAGCGAUGGAAGUGAAGAUUACAGUUUCAAAAGUGAAGAUGAAGUUGAAGUUGAUGAUGAUAAAAGUGAAAAUGAAAGCUAUGGUGACUGA